GUUUCAUGGUGGAAAAGACGUGCGAAUGUGGAUUUUUAAAAAAUUGUUUUGACUGUUUUAGGAGUUUAUGUACAAGUGUUGUUAGGGCGACUGGGUCUGCAGUCCCCAAAACCCAAAUGGAUGAUGUGCACCAACAGCUGGAACCAAAUGGUCUUGCACGGGGUCGCUUUGAAUGAGAAAGUACACGAAAGAGUCAGCCCGCAAUUCUUUGAAGUACAGAGAUCAUGCCAGUGAGUUGUCAGAGAUAUCUUCUCUACCAACAGAUACAGGUCAUCGCUUCUUGUAAAGGCAGAUAGGAAUGGGAGAGACGCCUAAGGUGAUCAUCCACCAGCAUCUGAGUGCCAGGUAGAUGUGCAGCGAGGAGGCAAUGCAGUCUUGCACUCAGCUGCUGCACACUCUUGCACAAUGAAGAAAAUAUUCCAGUUCACCAAAAAGAAGAAAGGCUUUUCCCCCAGUGCCUCCGAAACCACCAGUGUAUUAUCAGCUGGAUAUGAACUGAAGGAGAAGGACUUGGGGAAAGUCCACAAGGCUGCAGCGUCCGGGGAUGUGUCCAAGUUGAAACAACUGGCCAAGAAAAAUGACUUGAAUCAACUUGAUAAAGAAAAUAGGACUGCUCUUCACAUUGCCUGUGUCCAUGGACAUACAGAGGUGGUUCAGUUCCUGGUGGAGAGCAAAGUCAAACUCAACCUAUGUGACAAUCAGAAUCGCUCCGCCUUGAUGAAGGCGGUGCAGUGUCAGCAGGACCGGUGCGUGGGUCUCCUCCUGGAGCAUGAGGCUGACCCCAACCUGGUGGACAUCAACGGCAACACGGCGCUGCACCUGGCCGCGCUCAUCCCCGCCCUCCCCGUCGCCAUCCAGCUACUGGAGCACGAGGCCAACAUCAACGCUCACAACAAGGAUGGAAACACCCCGUUGAUCUUGUCGGUGGGGGAGAACCACGUGGAGAUGGCCGAGCUCCUCCUGAAGGAGGGGGCAGACGUGGACCUCAUCAACAAGGAGCACAGGUCAGCUUUGAUGAUGGCUGCUUGCAAUGGACAAAUCACGAUGGUGCGCCUGCUUUUACAAUACAGCGCUGACAUCACAAUAAAGGACGACAAGGGCUGGACAUCUGACGACUAUGCAGUAAUGAACGGGCAUCACGCGUGCUCACAUUUGAUCAUCGAGCAUGGGACAAAACGCAAGCUUGUGCAGUCUCCAUCGGAACACGAGGGCGGUAAAAAGCAGCGACCGUCCACCGCGCUGGCUGCUGCAUCUGGGGACGUGGAGGUCGGUUUCUCCUUAGGUGGCCCAGCCACAGACAAAGAUGACUUUGAAGAUAACUCCCACACGGACUCCAUUAGUAGGGCGUCAAAGAGUGGACCUGCUGACUCUUGGCCGUCUUCAGACGAUGACGAUGAUUUGGACCUCAGUCCAAAGAAACCUCAAAAGGUGAACCUAAAGAAACUCCUGAGUGCCUCAAAGAAAGAUAGGAGCGAAGCUUUGACAGACCCUGACAGAUCCUGGAGCGGGGAUGAAUGUGAGCACGGGGGCAUGGGGAGCGGAGCAGAGAGGCCCCCCCCACCUUUCCUCAGGGCCCCCCUGCUGAACAGCACUCCCAAGCACCCAGUAGCACCCUCCCCCUCACCCAGCCUCCCUCCCCAGACGACCUCUCUCCCUUUCAACCAACCCCAACAGGGCAACGUUUCGAUGGAUGAGGAUGAGGAGGUAGAAGGUGGAGAAGACGAUGAUGAUGAGGAAGAAGAUGAUGAUGAGGAGGACGAAGAUGAGAGGCUAACUCCUGAGGAAGAGCCCGCAGCCCAGACUGCAGCCGACACCUCAGUGAUGAAGAAGGAACACUCUCCUCAGCAACAACAGCAAAGGGAUUUCAUGUCUGAGUUGGGUUUGGACAAAGGCAACGGAGAAGAUGACGACUCUCCCUGGGAUUCUGAGUCUGCCUCAGACAGCCCUAAGAAGCAGGCCGCCGCCGCCGCUGGUGGUCCCAGCCCCCUGGCCAAGAGACACAGCACCAUGGCCAAUCUCUCUGAGCAUGCUGAAGAGCCAAAGAGUGAUCAUGAUGAUGACGAUAAGGAGGAGGCCAAAUCUGAGCAUCCCGAGGAGGCAGCUUCUCCUCAGCAGCCUGCCAUGGCGAGGAGGGAGCCCGUCUCUGUACUCAGUAGGGUAUUGGACUGCACAGGACAAUCAAAUAGGAAUGCUGAUCUCAUGGAGGAACUUGGACUGGGAGAUGUGGAUGACUUGGAAGAUGCCUCCGACUGGGACUCCGCUAGCACAGCUAGCAAAGCCAGUAGAGCUAGCAAAGCUAGCAAAGCCAGCCCUUCUUUCCGUCUGGAUGAAGAGCCAGAGCGGGACGCCAUGUCUGUACCCGUCCUGCCCGUCUUGCAAGAGAGGGACCUAGCCUCUCCUCCAGCCCUACAGGAGAGAGACCCAUCCUCCCCUGGUCCAGCACAGGAGAGGGACACAGCCUCCCCUGCUCCAGGGGAAGCACAGGAGAGGGACACAGCCUCCCCUGCUCCAGGAGUAGCCCAUAGACCAGAGAGCUUUCCCUCUGCAACAGCACCACGGCCCAGUCCUCGGCGGUCUCACAGCGCCCUCUCUCCCCUUCGCCUCCAGCCGCAGCUGGUCACCCCAAAGCCAGGCUCAUCCAGGCCUGACAGUGAAGAGGGGUCUGACUGGGAUUCUGAGCCCUCUACUCCUGCCAGUCCAGCAAGCCCAGCCAAGUCAUUCCCAGAGAAUGAUAAUAUGGACACGAUGGACACACCAGCACUUGAUGAUCGGGAGCCUUCAGCAGUGGGAGAUGAGGACACCGGAGGAAAAGCAGGGCAGCCAUCAGGGGACUCUAACAGCAUGGUGGAGGAGACGGAGGACGACGGCGGCAUCCUCAAGGGUUCCGUGAGGGUAUCACGCACGCUCUUCGAACGUGACCUGGAAAAAGGGAAGAAACCCAAAACCGUCCAAGGAAACUCUAAACCUCAGCACGAGGGAACAGCAGGAAAUGCAAGGGAGCAAGAGUUUGAAACAAGGGACAGUGUUGCACAACAGCCUCAGACCUCAACUCCAAAAAGUCCAAAGAGUACUGGCAGGUACCCAAGCCAGCAGCAGCAGCAAGAGCAGCAACAGCAGUGUGCUGGAGGGGCAGAGGAGUUGCAGGGGCCCAGGGCUCUCUAUAAUCAGGGGAGCCUGCCGCUACUGUGUGCUAUGGGCCAGCCUGACGCUCCACAGCACACGGCCCACGUUAAUGGAGACCGGCUGUCUGUGUUUGAUGAUAGUUCUUUGAGUGAAGUGUCAGAGGAUGAAGGAAGGUCACCAACCGCAGCGCGGAACACCAAGAGUGCGGGUGAAGUGGACAUGGCGGACGACUUGGAGGACCUCACUCAGUCCUCAGACACGGGUACUGAGGAGCUGGACUCCCCUGCGUCUGGAUACCACCACGCCUCUCUGCUCAUCAAACAACUCGACUCCACCUCUAUAGACAAUGUGAGCAUGGUGAAGUUGCAGAACAUGUUCCAGGAGUACGAGCGAACCAUCCAGCGUGAGCGCGGUCGGCACGGGCGGCUGGCGGAGAAGAUGGGCCAGCUGGAGCAGGAGCGAGGGGAGCUGCGCCUCCUACUGGAGGAGGCACGCGACGGCCAGUCCAACCUGACGCACCUCAAGAUGGAGCUCGACACCGACGUCAACAACCUCAGGUUUCAGCUGAAGCAGGAGCAGGAGAAGCACCACAACGCCUCCAUGCUGUACGAGAAGACGCGGGAGCAGCUGAGGCGCAAAGAGGAGGCGCACCGGCUGGAGGAGGAGACGCGGCAGCAGGUGGAGCUCACCAUCCGCAACCUGGAGCUGGAGAAGCGCACGCUCAUCAACACCAUCAAACAGCUGGAGGAGGACCGUAGUGAGGCCCAGAGGCAGCUGGGUCAGGAGCGUAACGCCCGCGCCCUCCAGGAGGAGAUGCUCAACACACACCUCCGCAAGCAGCAGGAGAUCGACCAGGAGAACCGCAAGAACCUCACCAAGAGCAAAGAGGUUCUGUCGCAGCUGACGGAGGCGGGUGACCGUGAGCGUGAGCUGCAGCAGCAGGUGUCGGUUCUCCAGGAGGAGGUGGCGAGCCUGCGGGGGGAGCUGGAGCGGGACCGGGCCUCCAGCCGGCAGGAGGAGGGGCGCCUCUCGGAGGAGGGAGACGCGCUGCGCGAACGCCUGGAGGACACGCGGCGAGACCUUAAGCUGAGCGAGGAGGCACUGGCCCAGACCGUCUUCCAGUUCAACAGCCAGCUCAGCACCCUCAAGACUGAGUGCCAGGUGACAAGCAGUCGUCUGGAGCAGGAGCGCACCACGCGGCAGCAGCUGGAGACGGAGAAUGAGUCGAUGCGCGUGCGGCUGGCGGGGGCGCUGCAGGAGGUGGAGCGCAGCCAGGCGGCGCGGGCCGAGGCCGAGCGGGCACUGCAGCGAGAGCGCGACGAGCGGCAGCGGGCGCUGGAGAAGAGGGCGGGCGAGGCGGGCGCACACCGAGACGCAGUGCACGAGCUCUCACAGAAGCUCAGCCAGGCGGAGGCGCGUGCCAACAGCCUGGAGAACGAGUGCCACCGCGUGACGCUGUCUCUGACGGAGAAGAGCCUGCUGCUGGAGACGGUGGGGCGGGAGAAGGAGCAGACGCAGGGGCGCCUCCGAGAGGUGGAGGUGGCAUUACAGGCCGAGAGGGAACAGGCCACCAGGGGCGCUGCACGCCAGGAGGCCACCCAGGAGAGGCUGGCACAGGCCCAGAGCGAGGGGGCGCUCCUGAGGCAGCAGCUGGAGGAGGUGCAGAGUAAAGGCGUGGCCAAGGAGAGGGCCGUGACGGACGCCCAGGAGCGCUUCAGCGACAUCCUGGACAAGCUGCGCUCCGACUCGGAGGAGAGGGUGCAGCUGGUGGAGGAGAGGAGCAAGGAGCUGGCCACCAAGAACGCAGACCUGAGGGAACAGCACCACAAACUGGAGCAGGAGAAGGCCGACAGAGAGGCGAUUGUGAGGGAGCUGCAACAGGAGUUGGCGGACUCGCUGAAGAAGCUGUCCAUGUGUGAGGCCUCGCUAGAGGUCAACACGCGCUACCGCAGUGACCUUGAGGACGAGAAGGGACGCAUCCUGAAGGACAUGGACCGACUCAAGACCAAGCUGCAGGAGGGUGAGGAUCAGUACGUGGAGGCUGAGAAGCGCAUCAACGCCCUGAGGAGCAGUCUGGACGAGAAAGAGCGUGACGUCAUUGCCUCCGCUCAGAAGCUCCAGGAGGUACUGGCCAGCGCGGCCGCCUCCCAGAAGACCAUCAAGCAGCUGGAGGAGGCCGUGCAGAGGCUGGAGAUCGACAACGCCAGACUGGAGGCGGCGGCCAAGCAGCAGUCCAAUCGCAUCGAAGCGCUGCAGAAAGGAGCGCAGGAAGCGACCGCCCCACCAGGCUCUUCACCAGGAGGAGGGGUGCGCUCCCGUUUGGAGGAUCUAGUAACAAAUCUGCAGAGCAAUAAUAUGACCCUUGAGGACCAGCUCAACCGUGAGGUGCAGAAGCAGGGCGUGCUGAGCCACAAUGCGCAGGACUCGCAGGCCAUGUGGGAGGAGGAGCUUAAGAGCCGAUCUCGCCUCGGCAUCCGACUGGCAGAGCUGGAGAAGGAGAAAGGAGAACUCAGCAGCCAGAUGGAGCUAGAGAAGAAGAAGGCCAAGAAGAUUGGAGAGCAGAAGAAGUCAGUGGACGCCCGCCUGGAGCAGGAGAUGCAGAGAAACACGGAGCUGCAGAAAGAAAUGUACAGGCUACGGACGCUGGUGAAGACUGCUAAGAAGAAGCUUCGUGAGCAGGACGGGGGGGAGCUGGGGUCUCCUAUGGCGUCCCUCAGGGGCGACGCGGGACACAGGCAGCUGGAGACCGAGUCAGCCGUCAGCCGCAUGAAGACCAAGGUGGAUGAGUUGCAGGUGCAGCUGGAUAAGGAGGCGUCUCGGUGUGGGCGUCUGGAGACGGCUAACGGGGAGCUGCGUGAGCAGCUGGCGGUGCUGAAGAGCCUGAGCCGCAGCCACGAGCGUCUGGAGCGCAGCAAGCGGCAGCUGGAGGAGGAGCUAGCCGGCCUCCGCAGGCAGCUGGACAGUGGCGUCAUGGACCAGAGCCAGGCCGAGCAGUACCGCCGCGACACAGAGGAGCGCGCACGCCAGGAGAUACGGCACAAGCUGGAGGAGGUCAACCUCUUCCUACAGACCCAGGCGGCGUCCCAGGAGGCUCUGGAGCAGAUCAAGGCUGCCAACGAGGCCAGCCAGCGGGCUCAGCAAGAGCAGCGCAUCAAGGAGCUGGAGCUGGACCUGGCCCGGACCCGCGGCUCACAGCAGGACAGCCUGACGCAGCGCGAGUCCAGCCGUGCAGAGCUGGAGCGUUACAGGCAACUCUACGGGGACGAGCUGCGCCUGCGCAAAUCCCUCGCUGCCAAGCUGGACCGGGCUAACGAGCGUCUGGCAGAGGCCAACACUAAGCUGCUAAGUGAGCGCCAGCGCAGCAAGUCCCUGAUCACCAGCAGCCUGGUGAACGGCAGCCUGGGGGGACCCGGGGGGGUGGAGGUGGGCUCCCUGGGGGGGUCGCUGGGGGCCUACGGGGGCAGCCUGGGGGCCCUCAACAGGAGCCUGGGGCUGGGGGGCAGCUUCCUCGGAGACCCCCAGAGCAACCGAGUCGAAGCAUACCUGGCCAAGAUGCAGAGUGAGCUGGAGAAAAACAUAUCAAAAGAGUUGGAUAAUGCGACGGCGGAGCUGGAGGCGGGGUCUCCACGCCUGUCCCCCGUGGGCUCAGCAUGUGGCUCCCAGCGCAGCCUGGCGGUCGACCAGGACCCCGUCAGCAGAGCCACACAGCAGUACCUGGAGGUGCUGAAGAAAAACUACAUGAUCUGAUAACCCCCCUCAAGAAAAACUACAUGAUCUGAUAACCCCCCUCAAGAAAAACUACAUGAUCUGAUAACCCCCCCUCAAGAAAAACUACAUGAUCUGAUAACCCCCCCUCAAGAAAAACUACAUGAUCUGAUCUCCCCUUUCCUGUCCCAACCCAAAAUCACAUUUAUUUUGUUUACAUGUGCACAAGAAUGCACACCACAUCCUACUAAAGAGGAGGCCAAAGCCUUAUAUUAUUUUAUUAAUUAAAGCAUAUCUUAAUCCAGAAACACUUCACAAAAAAUAGUGUACAGCCUUCCAGAAUAAUGUGAGUUUCCAUUGACUUUGAAUCGGCCUUUAACACCCCCAAUUUGGGAUUGAAUGUUCCCUUGAGGCGCUGUAGAUGCCCCUGUUCAAACACUACUACCUAAGUACAAAGUACUUAAUAUCAUAUUUUAAUAGCUUUAAUAUGAUCCUAAUUUCUCUUAUUCCCCUGCAAAAAUAAAAUAAAUAAAUGGUAAUUUCAGCACAGUAUUCGAUUUUUAUAAAAUUCUGCUCAAAUGGUGUAAAAAAUGAAUACUUUAAAUAGUUUAAAAUAUGGGCCAUGAAUCUAAAGUCUAUUAAUGUUUUACAUUUUUAAUGGAAUUAUCAGAAUGAAUUAACUUUUCAAUGGCAUUCUACUUUUCUUUUGUAACGGGUGUGUCUGUGUUCCACCCUCAUGCCACUACAUUUCAUGUUAUUUUUUACAUCUGUUUAUUUAUUUGUUCUGGCUUUUAACACCCGAGACGAGGAAGAUGAUGCACAUUGCACUUAAAAUGCUCAGGAGCAAAUGUUGAAUGGAGUGGUAACGUCCAGUGUAUUGUCUAAGAAGCCAUAUUUUAUAAAAGUCUAAAGGUACGUUUGGAGUUGAGCUCUAGUUGCUUUUAUGGUGUUUGUAUUUGGUUUUCGACCUGUUAUGUUUAUUGAUGUCUCAUGCUCGGAUUGUCUUUAUUUACGUUUUGUAGGAAUUAUUGAGUAUUAGAUGUGUACCAUGAUGUACAAUGUUAAGUGACUAGUUGAUAUUUUUGGGACCUGUUUUGUUCUGGUUUGUUUUUUUGUCAAGUGAUUUUAAUAUGGUUACGAAAUAACUGAAAACGCCUGUUUUUUGUAAAAACAGAAGACAUACUUGAAAAAGACCUAACUAGAUAAUCUAGUUAUCCAGGGUACUUUAUGCCGUUACUGUAAUUAUAUAUAUAUAUAUUUGGAAGAAAUAUUAAUAUGCCUAUCAUGAGUAUAUAUUACCAAGGUAUGAGCUUUUCAGUAUUUUUAAAGUGUGGAGUAUUAAGCCGUCCAAUAAAGAUGAAAUUUUAA